GGUAGUCUGACCUUGCAAAAUGGCUUCGAAAAUUGUCCAUCAAGGGGUAAAACAAGUAAAACCCAUCUUAUCUACGACCAAGGAUGAAGCAAGGCGACGCGUUCUGAACUUAUAUAAAGCUUGGUAUCGACAGGUCCCAUACAUAGUCAAAGAUUAUGAUGUACCCAUCACAGUUCCUCAGUGCAGAGACCAGUUACGAGAGCUAUUUAUAAAGAAUAAGAAUGUCACAGAUAUACGAGUGAUUGAUAGACUAGUGAUCCAGGGCCAAAUGGAUUUGGUAGAAACAGCACAGAUAUGGAAACAAAAGACCCAUGUAAUGAAAUUUUUCGGAGACACCGUCAACAAGAAGCCUGCAGAUUUUUUGUCCAAAUUCUAUGAUGGACAUGAAUAGAGGGACUAUCUGUAGUUAAAGAUAAUUGAGACUUUGAUAGACAUUUGCUUUGUUAUUGUUUGAUAGGUAACUUGUCGCAAGUCCCACCCUGGAUUGAAACACCAAAGCCAUUUCUAUGAUACUAAGCACAGGCAAUGGACUGAUUCAUAGAAACAAUUGGAUUAUCGACCAAGCUUUUCAGAUAACUAAAAUACAAAGGAGAAAUACCUGUGAAAACCCAGUUCCGUUGCAGUUAUUCUGUUCAUGUACUGGGGUAUGUUAUGUAUUCAGUACAUGCCUUGAUCUAUUCACAUGUGGACGUUUACGGAGCAUCUUAAAAUAGGGUCAAAUCCAAGAAGAUAAACAUUUUUUGUACAGUCAACAUCCAAAGCCAGUCUUUUCAAAAUGUUUUUUUAUGGAUGUGAUGACCCAUUUGUAAACCUGUAGAAACGGAUGGAAGUAUCAAAAGUGACACUACAGCUUUCUCUAUUUUAGUCUUUUAAGGGGAGGAGGAUGUUUAACAUUUCAUGGUGUCUGAAACAUUUCGUCUUUUUGGCCUUCAGCCUAUUUUGAGAUGCUCCCUCAUUUUGCCCAUGUUCGCUCUGCCUCAUGGACACAUACAUUGACAAGUCUUCAUCUGAUGUUGAAACCUGAUUCAAUUGACAAUCACAAACUGUCACUUGGAAUACUCUUUUAGAAACUGGCACUAAAACUACAUGACUUUGAUUUUAAAUUUAAUCAACAAUGCUAAAUAUUUACAGUUAAAUGCGAAAUGUGGUCCUAACUUGAAAGCCUUGUCAAUCUUGUUUUUAGGUAUGUAGUUCCUGAAAAAAAAAUAGUGUGAAAGUGACAAGUAUUGUAAAUAAAUAA